ACGAGAACUGUGGCCACGGAAACAAAGCGGGUCUUACACAUCAAUUUCGCUCGGCAAAUAACGUAUAUUGAAAGAUAAAUAAUAUUUGUUAAAGUUUUUAAAUAAAAGUCGCAUCAAGCAAGUAAUUUUAGAGUGUGAAAAAAUGCUUGGAACUUCCUUGAUUUAACUACCUGAUUAACUCAAGUUACACUUAAAUCUAAGCCAAAAAAAUCAAUUAAAAUUUGUGUAAAACAUUUAAAAUCGGAACCCCAGUGCUGACAGCAUGGAAACGGAGUCACUGAACCGCAAGAACUCCUCGCGGAAGAGUUCGAUCGUGAAUGGGAAUGGAGAUGCCUCUGCCAAGUUGACCAACGGCGAUGGAGAUGGCGGCGGUGACGGAGGCGGAGAGGUGACCCUGAAGGCCAAGAUGAGCCUCCUCAAUGGAUGCACCGUCAUAGUGGGCUCCAUCAUCGGAUCGGGCAUCUUUGUGUCGCCCACGGGAGUGCUGAAGUACACGGGCAGUGUCAACCUGGCCCUCAUCGUUUGGGUCAUUUCCGGCCUCUUCUCGAUGGUGGGUGCCUACUGCUAUGCGGAGUUGGGAACGAUGAUCACCAAGUCGGGCGCUGAUUACGCAUACAUCAUGGAGACCUUCGGACCCUUCAUGGCCUUCAUCCGACUCUGGAUCGAGUGCAUGAUCGUGCGACCCUGCUCCCAGGCCAUCGUAGCCCUCACCUUCAGCACCUACGUCCUGAAGCCCUUCUUCCCGGAGUGCACUCCUCCGGAGGACUCGGCCCGCCUGCUCGCCGUCUGUUGCAUCCUUGUGCUAACCCUAAUCAACUGCUGGGACGUAAAAUGGGCGACCGCUGUGCAGGAUAUCUUUACAUAUGCGAAACUGCUGGCCCUGUUUAUCAUCAUUGCCACUGGCGUUUACCAACUUUCCCUCGGCAACACGCAAUACUUUACGUUUGAGAAUACGGACACGAAAGUGACCUCCAUUGCGUUGUCCUUCUACUCCGGACUGUUUGCCUACAACGGAUGGAAUUACUUGAACUUCAUCAUUGAGGAGCUGAAAGAUCCCGUCAAGAAUCUGCCCCGCGCCAUCGCCAUCAGCUGCACACUGGUGACCAUUGUCUAUGUCAUGGCGAAUGUAUCCUUCUACACCAUCCUGUCGCCGGAUGAGGUCUUGGGCUCCUCGGCCGUGGCGGUGACCUAUGCGGAGCGGGCCUUCGGCAUGCUGGCCUGGACCAUUCCAGUGUUUGUGGCCUUGUCUACGUUCGGAGCUGUGAACGGUAUUCUGCUGACCUCCUCCCGACUCUUCUACGCCGGUGCCAACAACGGCCAGAUGCCCGAGAUCCUCACCAUGAUCCAGAUUCAGAGAUUCACCCCCACUCCUGCGGUUCUGGCCAUGGCCCUUCUAUCGAUGUUGUACCUCACAGUUUCGGACAUCUUUGCUCUGAUUAACUACGUGGGCUUUGCCACUUGGUUGAGUAUCGGUGUGGCUGUAUUGUGCCUGCCUUGGCUGAGAUGGGCCCAACCCAAUCUGCCACGUCCCAUCCGAGUGCCCAUGGUGUUCCCCAUUGUCUACCUGAUUGCCACCAUAUUCGUGACCGUGGUGCCCAUGUACGCCAGUCCGGUGGAGACUGGAUACGGCAUACUGAUGAUCCUGUCUAGCAUACCCGUCUACCUGGUGUUCAUCGCCUGGAAGAACAAGCCCAUUUGGUUCCAGAAGGCUAUGGUAAGCCUCACACGAUUCCUACAGAAAAUGCUCAUGGUACUCGGAAAGCAGACGAAACCAGCUCAGGUGUAAAGGUAAAGAACGUUCUUCGGGGAAGACAGCAGAGAUAAUAUUUCAAGUUAGCCAAGAGCAGAGAAAAGCAUUUAAAAGCACACACUUGAUUGCAUAAUGCAUUAUAUAGACAACGUAAACGCUUUUGUGUAGCCAACCAAUGAUAUACACACGAAACACACAACAACUUCUGCCAGCUCCUGGGCGACUAUACGAUAUAUACCAUAUAUAUAUUUUUAUAUACACAUGUAAGUCUUAAGUUGAAGCAAGGCCCAGGAUUACGAGGAUAGGAUUACAAGGAAGUUCCCAACAAAGGUCUGGAUCGAAAUUUAUAAGAAAGACUGUGGAAAACUACAAGGAAUCAAGGUGUCCAGAGCUGUCCGUGAAUUGGGUUCGAAUUUGGAUUUGGCAUUUUUUAACAGAGCUGUGCAAGCAGAACGAGUCUUUUAGGAUUUUCAAGUAUUCUCGAAAAUUGGUUAGGCAAACUGUGAAGUCCCGAUAAAAGCUAUUGUUUAUUAUAAACUGCAUUUGAAAACUAGUUUUUUGAGGCAUUUAGGAACCAUGCUCUAGGCCUGGCUUGAUCUAGAAAGCUAGAAGAACGCUUGAACAUACUCAUCGGAAGGAUCUACAGAGCCCAUCGUAGUACCUACAAAUCAUGAACAUUUUAGAGCACGAUUGAUUACUUUUAUUGAUUUAAACGAAUCUAGCUUAAGUGACACCGCAAUUAAAUUUCACUUGUCCUAAGUUAAUACUUACAUUUAGGUUGCUCAGUUUAGGUUUCACUUGUGCAUCGUAGAGGGUGCUGCCUGUACAAAGCCCAAGCCAAUAUACAAGACCAUCGCAUAAUGCACAUAUCCAACAAGAGAAACGAUUAAAGUUGUUGAACGAGAACAGGAACAUUGCCAACAUACAUAUUAAUAUACUGAGAAUAACACUAUAUGCAAAUUGUUGUCUAAUUACGAAUCCAAUCGAAUUGAUAUAGCAUUGAUUUAAACUUUCAUUAGUUGUUGUUGCUUUGAGUGUUCGUCACUUAGUGUUAUUCAUAUGAAAAUAUUAUUGCCUAUUUAGCAUUCAACUAAUUAACUGUUACACAUUAAAUAUGGAGCCGCAGCUGGGAAAUCAGUUUAACUACUAUGAAACAUAUUGUUGACAAUAAUAUUGUAUUUAUAUAUAAAUGUAUAUUAUAUUAUAUGACGUAUACCCUACAACCUCUGUAUUUCUGGAAAUAAGAACGAUACGAAAUCUAAA